AUGAUUGAUAUUUCAAAGGAUAGCAACAAUGACAAUAUAAGGAAUACUCCGAGUGAUACUGUCCAGCAUUUGAAAUCAAAUGAAAGUAUUACACAUCUAAGUGAUCCCUUCUCUGAAAGUAAAGUUAUGCUGAAUCCAUCUUCAACUAUUUUACGUGGGAGAAAGGCAAGUGCUUAUCUUAGGAUAUUCAGAGAUGACGUCAAUCAACAGAGUAGAGAUUCUUCUUUAAAUAAUAGCGAAACUGAUGACAGCGAACCUUAUUUGGAUGAUGGUGACAUCAUUAGAAAAAAUUCUGAUUUACAACCAAUAGAUGAAAAAGUGCGGCUAAGCAACAAUGCCACUGUUAGCACUUCUAGCACCACUACUACCGGUGCUAAAAAAACCACCUGCAAUUCUACUAUAAACGCAACGGUAGAGAGGUCUGGUGAUAAAAUAAUCGAUUCAAGGAAAUCACAAGACUCAUUAAAUAACAUUAAUUUACCAAAAUCCGUUCAAUAUUUAAAUAUUGAUUCCUCACUUGCAUUAGACAAAUCGAAUUUGUCAGAAUUUAAAAAAAAUGGUAACCAUGAUAGAGAUACUAUUCGUAUUACUCAGGAGGGUAUUGGAAGCGAUUACGACGGUUUGAAACAAACUUCUGAAGGGUUAUCAUUGACUCCUAUUUCUUCAGCUACUUAUUAUCCACACAAAUCAGUAGAUCACGAAAAUGAUAUUUCAAUAGAUGAUACAGAUUUUAUAGAUAAUCAAGCUGGUAUUAUAGAUAGCAAAACUCAUGACAAUGACCUUAUAACACCUAUAAAACAGGAAAAUUUAUUAGACACGAAAAAUAACAAUAAUAGUAAAAAACAGACCAUAGUUGAUAAAAAGAUCGAAUCGAGCACAGGUGAAAUAAAGCAAACUUCUGAUCAAAUUAAGAAAGAUACCAAGAUAGAACCUCCAACUGAAAAGACAGGCCAAUACGAAGAUGAAGAGGAUGAAGAAGAUGAGGAAGAAAAUGGUGAUAAUAUUUAUCCAUUGGCUGUAGAAUUACAACCUUUCACUAAUAACGUUGGUGGGCAUACUGCAAUCUUCAGGUUCUCAAAAAGGGCAGUUUGUAAGGCUUUGGUCAAUAGAGAAAAUAAGUGGUAUGAAACUAUAGAAUUAAAGCAUAAAGAAUUAUUGAAAUUUAUGCCCAGAUAUAUUGGUGUUCUGAAUGUACGUCAACAUUUUAGAUCAAAGGAAGAUUUUCUUCGUGAAUUGUCAAAUAACAAAAAAAUGAAAAAGGAACAUAAAUAUAAGCAAUUACAAUUCGUAAACGAUGGAAAAUAUAACGAUGAGUAUAAAUCAGAACCAUUAAAGCAUGUCAAAUCUUAUCCUGAGGAAAUACCACAACUUGCAGAUACAGCAGAAAUUCCUAGGAAACCAUCAAUUAUGAAAACACAUUCACAUAUCCUCUCCGUCGAUGAUAAUGAUUUAACUAGGAUUGGUUCGAAAUCUUAUGAUCAUUCUCCUAUCAUAAAAGAGGAUAUAAAACAACAGCAUUUAUUACCAGAAGUUGUCUUGAAUGACAAUAAGCAUAUCAUUCCUGAUUCCCUAUGGGGUCAAUAUUCUGAUUCACCACUGAAUUCUCAAAGAGACUUCUGUUUACACGGAGGAAUUUAUCCUCCUCCUACUGAGACUAAUACUUAUGAAUCUAAAUACAAUUGUGAUUCUGGAUCAACAAUGGUGAAUACAAAACUUCAAGAAUUGGUUUUGCAAGAAGUGUUUGCUCCAACACAUCAAAGGCGACAGCGCAUGAACUCUGCUGACUUGAAGAACACAAACUCCGGGAUAUCUUUAUCCAAUGAUGCAAUUAGAAAUCUUGCUGACAGAGGACCUACUGAUAACGGUCAGCAAGGCAAAGAUAGAUCAGCAUCCCCAUUAUUGCACAAAGCUAUACAGGAAAGUCUAUCCAAUGCAGUCGAUUCUUCAAGUUCAAUGAUGGAUUUAAAACAAUUUCAUAGGAAAGAAAUAGCCAAAGAAAAAUCAAGGAAGUAUAGUUUAUCUGAUAUUUCAACACCUCUUCAUGCUAGUGGGAAGUCUAAGUCGGAUUUCAAUGAAGAUAAUCAAUUGAUAAUGUCACCAUUGUCCUUAACAGGACCUGGUAAUGAUGACGUUAUCAUUGAUGGUGAUAAUGUGAUAUCGCAUAAUAGUUCUAAUUUUUAUCAUAGGAAUAGUUCUAAUAGCAUCAAUUCUCCAACUUCAAAUAAUAAUGAAUCAAUAACCUUUGAAGAACACUCUGAUACUAUUGUUUCCAAAUUCAUUUUACUGGAAGAUUUGACAAGGAAAUUAGUUAAACCUUGUGCUUUAGAUUUGAAAAUGGGGACUAGACAAUAUGGUGUUGAUGCUACUAAAACCAAACAGUUAUCUCAGAGGAAAAAAUGUCUAAAUACUACUUCAAGGAAGUUAGGUUCUCGUAUUUGUGGUUUAAAGGUUUGGGACCAAAGUUAUUAUAUCUGUAGGGAUAAAUAUUUUGGCAGAAGAGUUAAAAUAGGAUGGCAAUUUACCAGAGUCCUUGCAAGAUUUUUCUACAAUGGUAAAAAUAUAUCGAGUAUAUUACUUCAAAUUCCUAAUUUGAUAGCAAGAUUAGAAAAGUUGUCUGCAGAAUUGCAUAAAUUAAAGGGCUAUAGGUUAUACGGAGCGUCACUACUAUUAAUGUAUGACGGUGGAGUUAAAAAACCAAAGGCAAAAUUAUAUUUAAUUGAUUUUGCAAGAAGCGUAACUAAAGACGACCUUGAUGGUGGGAUUGAAAACUUCAGAAUGCCUCCUAAAACACCUAAUAACGAAGAUCGUGGUUUCAUUAGAGGUCUUAGAAGUUUAAAAUUCUAUCUAACCCAAAUCUGGAGUUAUUUAACCAAAGGUGAAGCUAUGAUAUCUAAUGAAGAAGCAUUAGAACAAUACUUGUUUGUCGAUAACAAGGAUCAAUUCGAGAAACCAUGGGAUUGGUUAGACGAGUUUGAUAAGGAGAAAGAAGUAGAAUAUAAUGACCCAAAAAGUGAAUUACGGAAGAAAUGGAGGAAAUACGAAUUAAUUUUCGAUGUUGAACCAAGGUACACAGACGAAGAUGGCAUCAGUGAUUAA